CUGGUGGGAUCGCCAGCCGGAUACAACACUUCAUCUUCACUCCAUCUCUCAAUUUAACGGUCCACUCACUCUCUCAAGUUCAACGCUCAACUCUCUCUUUCAAAUUGCAGAACCUUUCCUAACGAUGAAGAAAUCUUUAGGGCGUCGAAAGAUUGAGAUCAAAAAGCUCGACAAAAAGAGUACACAGCAGGUUACUUUCUCUAAACGCCGCGCCGGACUUUUCAACAAGGCCGCCGAACUUUCCAUUCUCUGCGGCGCUGAGAUCGCCGUCCUCGUCUUCUCUUCUCGUGGAAAAAUCUAUACAUUCGGCCAUCCCGAUGUCGACGCUCUCCUCGACCGCUUUCUCACCGGAAACAAUACUGUUCCGCCCAAGCCGGCGGAGGCCUAUCUCCCCAUUGCGGAGUUGAAUCGCGAUUUGUCUAAAGCGGAAGCAGAGUUUGAAAUCGAGAAGAGGCGUGCGGCGGAGAGAUCGAGGAACAGCGAGCGAUUUUGGUGGGAUGAGCCGCUGGAAAGUAUGAAAAUCGACGAGUUGAAGCGAUUUCGUUCAUCAUUGGUGGAAUUGAGAGCAAACGUGGUGGAGAGAUUAGAGAAAAUUGAAGAUCGUCACUGUGUAACUCCAUCAAUAGACAUAGCCGAAAGCAUCCAAUGGCCGGAAACGUCGUCGAUUCAGCUUGCCGCCGGAAACAACCAUUGUCUGCCGUCGUUUCACAUGGCUGAAAAUCGGUCAGUGGCGAUGGAUUGGGAAGCGGAGAUUUGGGGUUAGGGUUUUGAUUUAUGUAAUUAGUUUUAAUAUUUGUAUCUUCUUCUUCUUCUUCUUCUUCUUCUUUUUCAUGGGUUAUCAAUAUUAAAAAGAGUAAAUGGGGAGUAAUUCAUCUUGAUUACAAAAAUUUACUCCUUGCUUUUGCGUUGCGUUUACCCAA